AAGCCGAAAAGAAGAGGGAAACCCUUCAACCUUAUAGCCAAACACAGCUCAAUUUCUCAAUCUCUACAUUCUCUGUGACUUUCUAUUUCUCCCUUCCUCCCUUUUUUGUUCGUCACCAUGAUCUCUAUACUCGAUUUCUGCACUCUGUUUCAACGAUUGGCUCGAGCCAAACUCUUGAUCCCACAUCAAAUCUCUUUCGAGUGACAUUCCUAACUCUCAUCUUGCACUACAAAUUUCAAAAAAAAAAAGGCAAUAGAAUUUUGGGGGGAGAAAUGGAUUCAUUUGGCAUUCAGAAUGUUAAAUUCGAGAAGGCCAACGCCAUCUUGAGGUACCGUAGGCGUCAGAAAAUCACAACCCUGUUCAGGUUCAUCGAAAUAUUCAUCUUUCUCGUGAUUAUCACCAGGUUUUCCUGUCAAUUUCCUCUCGCUAAUUUCAAACUCUCUGGUGAAUACUUUCGAGGCCUCUCAGUCACCCUGGUCAGUACUCGGUUUGUCUUCGUUGUUGGAAACGUGAUAAUCGUUACUCUCUUCUGGAAAUCUGGACAGUUUUCAGCUCAAGAUGAUACCAACAAUAACAUCAAAUUUGAUUUCCAUGAUGAUUAUGUCGAAAACAGUCAAAAGAAUCAGAAUAUUUAUGGGACUGAGAGUGAGAACCAGGGGAAACAGAGCAGGGAUAAGGAUUGUACAGCUACACCUGAUCUGUUUGGUUCCAAGGAAAGAAAGAUUCAUAGGUGUCAAUCAGAGGAUUUUAAGAAAUUGCACCAUGUGGAGCCUUGUCGGGAACUAAGGCGAUCAGUGACGGAAAGAAACUGGGAAAGUGUAAAUUAUAGUGAGAAACCAGUAGUGAAUUCCCAUGCAGAGGACGAAAUGAGCAGUGAAGAAUUCAGGCGCAAGGUUGAGGCUUUCAUUGCCCGACAGCAGAAGUUACUAAUGGAAGAAUGAGUUUUCAAUUACUCUUUAUAUCAAAGCAUAGCUUGUUUAUGAAGAUCCACUGCUGUUGUUAUGUUAUUGUUUUCCUUUCUCUUUUGCUCCUUAGAAACAGGGAAAAAAAAAUACUAUUAUGAUGCUAUAAGAAAGGGGUUCUUGAGAUCUUCUCUCUAUGUCUCCCCUCUAAAAAAUACAAUUAUGAUGCUAUAAGUAAGGUGUUAUAUAUAUCAUGUAGCGUUUGAACUUCAUUCAAACUAAUUUACUUCUC